ACUAGCUCAAACAAUAAAGCCCACGUCCAUAGAGGAGCAGCACAUCAUCAUCCUUGGUAUGAGAAUUGUUCUCUUUGCGUCACGUCUCCCCAAGCAACCGGUGCCGCCGCGCCCCCGCUGCUCUUUGUUCCACACGAAUAAUACGCUCGUUCCACCACCAGCUACGGAAGACCUCUUUGCCGCUAACCAUCUCCUGAACGCGCACGCUAAGCGCGGCCACAUGCGCCUCGCCCACCAAGCGUUCGCUGAAAUGCCUCACAAAAAUGUGGUUUCUUGGACAAUUCUGAUUUCGGCAUAUGCUCGAUCCGGGAAGUUGGCCGAAAGCUUCCGUUUGUUUUCUCAGAUGCUAUCCUACUGUUGGCCCAAUGAAUUUGCUUAUUCAAGUCUUCUGUCUGUGUGUGAUUACCCCCACGGCGUCCAAAUACACGGGUUUGCUCUCAGAACCGGGUUUGAUGCUUCGAUUUACGUGUCCAAUGCUCUUAUGACAAUGUACUGGAACAGCCACAGUUGCACCGCGGGUGUGGACGCUUGGAGGGUGUUUGAUGCAAUGCACCUUUGCAAUAUUGUUACGUAUAAUUCCAUGAUUGCAGGGCUUGGAAUGCACGGACAAGGUGAUACUGCCAUGAAAUUUUUCACAAUCAUGCUUCGAGAUGGUAUGGAGUUUGACCGUACUACAUUUCUGACCUUAAUUUCUUCACUUUGCGCUAUUGAUGGGGGGAGCAGCAAGAUUGUGGGGCUUCAGCGUUGUAUGCAAUUGCAUUCUAUUAGUGUUAAGGCAGGUUUCAACGAUGUGGGAGUGGCAACUGCCCUAAUCAAAGUUUAUUCUUCUCUUGGGCAAGAUAUUGACGCUUGUCGAAAGUUAUUCUCAGGCACGAGUGAUAUGUAUCGUGACAUCUUGCUGUGGACUGCCACUAUGACAGCUUUUGCUGAAAGGGAGCCUGAACAAGCUCUGUCUCUGUUUAAUCAGAUGCGUAGGCAGGGUUUAUGCCCAGAUUGUUAUGUAUUUUCAAUAUUGCUGAAAGCUUGUGCAGGGUUGGUGAGGGAAAUAAAUGCAUCUGCUGUGCAUUGUCAAGUGGUUAUUACCGGAUUUGCAGACAUCUUAGAGAUUGGCAAUGCAUUAAUUCACGCAUAUGCGCGAAGUGGUUUGAUAGAUAAUGCUGAGCAAGUAUUCUGUGAAAUGCCAUCAAGGGAUGUCAUCGCCUGGAACUCAAUGUUGAAGGCAUAUGCAGUGCACGGCAGAGCUGAAGAAGCACUGGCUUUGUUCAACCUAAUGGAUGUGGCACCGGAUGAAACGACCUUUGUUGCCGUGCUAUCAUCUUGCAGUCAUGGUGGAAAGGUGAACGAAGGACGUGAGAUAUUUAACAGCAUGUCUGAGAAAUACGGCAUCGCAGCUCACCUUGAUCACUAUGCUUGUAUGGUUGAUAUGCUGGGGCGAUCUGGACACCUUUCAGAGGCUGAAAGCGUCAUAAACAAGAUGGCAUUGCAGCCAGAUUAUGUUAUUUGGAGUGCUUUUCUGGGAGCAUGUCGGAAACAUGGAGAAACAAAACUGGCCAACUUAGCAUCAUCAAAGCUGAAGGAAUUGGGUCCAGAAAAUUCACUGGGAUAUGUUCUGACGUCAAAUAUUUACUGCUUGGCUAGCAGCUUUGAUGAAGGGGGUUCUGUAAGAAGGAAAAUGGAUAGAGUAGGUGUCAGAAAGGAACCUGGUCUGAGCUGGACUGAAGUGGGUAAUCAAGUGUAUGAGUUUGCUUCUGGGGGGCGGAGACACCCUCAGUUGAAAGCAAUACGUGGCCAUAUGCAGGAACUAUUGAGGCAGUUGAAGGAAAUUGGAUAUGUUCCCUACACAAGCUCAGUCUUUUUCGAUGUUGAAGAAGAGCAUAAGGAGGAACAACUGUAUCACCACAGUGAGAAGCUGGCACUGGUUUUCUCUUUGAUGAAUUAUCCUCGUGGUCGCGGGAAUGUCAUCAAAAUUAUCAAGAAUAUACGCAUCUGUGAGGACUGCCACAACUUCAUGAGGCUGGCAUCUAAGCUUGCGGAAAUGACAAUCGUUGUAAGAGAUGCUAACCGAUUUCAUCAUUUUAAGCGGGGAGCGUGCUCUUGCAAUGACCAUUGGUAAUUGCAGGUGCAAUGGUCACUGAUUACCCCUACCUAGUUUAUAUGGAAGACAAAAAUCUGUAUCAUAGAUAUAUAUAUAUAUAUAUAAUAUCACUGCCUUGUGCUGGACAAGCUACAUUCAUAAGGAUGACAGAAGAUUUGAAGUGGAGUUGGGAAGACCUUUAUUUAUUAAAGCAGGGACUAUAUCAAUUUUAUUUUGCACAAAAAGAAACGUCUGUGAAGAACUGGAAUCGGAGAAGUGGGCAUUCAAUUCCACACUUUGUGUUUAGGCAUGUACUUUCGCGGGAGUGGCGGCCGGGCUAUAUAUGUUAUCUGUUAUGGUGUGCAAUUGGAUGCGCAGUCUCUCGUCUUCUUCUGCUCAACUGCAGCAACAUAUAGUUAGUCAGAUCAGAUGGAAAUAAUUAACUAACAUGAUAGUUGGAGAAGAAGAUUGAGCGUACUUACCAACGCUGCUGAAAUGAUUGCAGAGAUGAUGGGGGUGCGGGGGAAGGCAAUGCAGCGGGCAGUAUUUUAUGCAGGCUGCCACACCAACGCCACCGAUUUUGCAUUCUCUGAGGCAGUCCUGAAUGCAAGUCCCUGGUGGGAAAUGCAGGUUGGCACCAACCAUUGACACUCCAGAAAUCAAACCCAGCACAAGUAUCAAAUCAACUAUUCUCCUCAUCACCACCAUCAUCCCAUCGAAGAAUAUCAUUCGUGAAGGAACAAGGCUGCUGGUCAGAUGAGGUGGCCCUUUUAUAAUCACAACUCACACAAGUAAAAACAACCGGGGUUCAUAUAUAUGAGCCAAACGGUGUCGGGGCAUGGAGAGAAAAGUUGUGCCCAAGUAGUGAUGUUUGAAAGUAAGAUGCAAAAUGCAGUAUGUGAGACUAGACAAAGACAAGUAGUUGUGAUCACAGGUGUGCUUUUAAACAGCUGUUAUAGGACCCCGAUGCCACUCAUGUCAUGUGCAACGCACGAGCAUCAAGAUUCCUUUUUUUAAAAAAAAAAAAAAAAACACAUCCCUUCAGCACUGUAUACAAAUUCAGCGCACCCCAGCAAAGUAUGCCAGGGGUCCGACAAUUGCGGCAUUGAUAUAUGUAGCAGGCUCCGAAUGGCUGUAGUCUGUCCGCUCAUCAGGGAAGAAAUCAUUGUCGUUAGGCCCUCCAACAAUGGCGCCCGUCAAGAUGUUCGGGUUGGGAUUGGAGGUGUAGAAGAAUGGCUGAAAGCCAGCCUCACAUCCAAAGGAUUGGGGAUGAAGUGUGACGGAGGGCAAAGAGGACCCCCGGUGGUGAAUCCUCCUGGGAUAACGGGGGCCGUAUCCCACCAUGUACGACAUGUUCAUGGGAUUGCCUCCGAGGAUGUAGUCUACUUGCCUCCUGGCAAGGCUCCUCAGGGUACUGGAAGUUAUGA